UCCAGUUUCGUUGGCAAUUCGAGAUCCGUUCUUUUCGUCCUCACUGGCGGCCUUCUACCCGGAAAACUGUCAUCCAGUAUCUCUGACUCUGUGCUGGCAGAUUUGGGUUUGAUUCCGGACGUGGUUCGAGUCUGUUUGACGUCUGUGGAUUCCGUUUUGGCAAAGAAUCCCGGCGAAACCUUCUUCCGUGUCCAAGUGACCAUUCGUGAGCCUGUGAUAGAAGUGGCGGAUGAUUUGAGAAUCUUGCAAUUCGAUGGAGCUACGGAUGAUCAUUACGAGCAACGACGAGUUGUGCAAUUUACGCCUGGUUCGGGUGUUCAAGCGUUGCAGUCGAACAACGUGAUGUUCAUUGAUAUGGUUGGUUGUAUGGCUCAGCAGUCGACGAACAUGAUACAAACUGUUGAACAGCCGACGAUUGCACCUGCUCCGAUUGCCAAACCGCAUUAUAAAACAGUCCAGGGAACGGAUGGGAAUCUGUAUUUGGUGACCGAGUUCUAUGUGGAAAUGCCUCAAUCGGUCACUUACCAGGUUGUCAAUGUACCGCAGUCAGCACCAGUGACACCAAUGUACCUGCCGACGCAUAACACCUUUCAGCAUGUUCCAAUGGUACCGCCUAUGCCCAUCGUUGUCCAAGCACCGGUUCCUGCCGAAAUUCCCCAGCCACCAACGAUUGCCUCUGAUCCAGUUUUAUCGACUCAAGCCGAGUCGAAGGACGAAAUGUCGACAACGAAUGAUGAAAUUCCCGCUGAUGAGUGGAUUAUUUCUACGAACGACGAACCUUUUCUUGAAAUCGAUCCGCAAGAAGUGGAAACCAGUUCCAUGCAGAUCGAGAUUCCGCCGAAAGUGUCCAUAGUAUCCGUGGAAAAACCGAAAGAGAAAUCUUUGAUACUCGAAGCCACGCCCAAAGGGAUCGUCAAGACGCUGCCGAUCAUCGACAUGGUCAACCCUCCAGCUCAAAAUGACGUGAUGAAAUCCAGGACUAUUGUGGAUGCAGUGAUGAAACGAAUCCACGCCUGCACGUCGAAAUUGGCUCCAAGUGUCGAAUCGACAGCGUUGGAAAAGGAGGAAAAAGUCGAAAAUGAUCCCCCGGGUCGAGGCAAGGUUCAAGAUCGUCUGCUCAAUAGCUACAGGAACUUCAUGAAGCAGCGGAUGGGAGAUCGUCCUCGGCCCCUCUGUAGGAUCAUCAAGGACGAAAGGCUGUGGCAGGAUGAGGAGAAACCGGAAGUGGAGCCGUCUCCCAAGGAUGGGAAAGAGAACAAUGCUCCUUUGAUGGUGGAAAUCAAGGGAGAUGACGGAGUUGUUCUUCAGGGAUCGUCAAUUGAAGAAGUUUGGGGAUGUCUCGUGGAUGCAGUCCAGAAGUCCCGUGAACGAUUUGGAAUGCCGAUUCUUCCUCGUGAUUCGCUUACGAAGCUUUAUAAAAGUGGCAUUGAUCAAUCGUCUCUCAAACGGUUGAUAUCUCAGCUGCCUGAGAAAGACGCCAACCGGGCGAGGCAUGUGUUCAGUUUUCUCAAGGAUGGCAAGAAACGUUAUGAAGCUGUUUUUGGAUCUGCGCGAUCUGAUGGAAUCUCGUGUUUGAAUUACGAACCUGGCGUGAAAAGACCGAGGAACCCGUUUUCGUGGUUGUCUUCUGUGCAUCGUCCCCGGCCAGACAUCUCCGAUUGGCGUCCUCAAAAUGGCGGCAAAGCCAUGUCCUCCAAGAUGGCGCGAGCAAUGGCCAAACGCCUUCGCAGUCUACCUCUGAACAGUCGUUACUUG